AUGGCGAUUACUUUGAGGUCCCAGACUUACGGGAUCACCGUCAACCUCCAGUACAAGCAAUACCUCACAGUGCCAAUGUUUAAGGGUCUGACAUCAGAUGUCCAGCAGCUGUUUGUGAUUAAAGAAGAGGUUUCUGGGAACUCCAGUCUGAAAUGGCAGAGCCCAGGGUCACUCCAGAUAAAGGAGGAAGAGGAGGAACUCGGGAUCAGUCAGGAGGGAAAGAGGUUUUAUGAGACCAGUGGUGAUGACGAUGAUGACGAUGACAUGAGUGCAGUGUCUUUAGGUUCAGAAUGUGAAAAUGCAGAAAGAGAUAAUGAUUUGAGGCUAAUAUCAGUCACUAAAACUACCAAAAGAUCCUUCGGAUGCUCGGAGUGUGGUAAACAAUUACUCUCCAAGCAUUCUCUUCAGAAACACAUGAUGCUCCAUUUAGAAAAGGAUUCUUCCAACUCUCUGGUUGAAGAAUGUUUUAGAGAGAAACCAAAUGAGAAUCCACAAAGAAAAAGUCACACUGCUGAGAAACUGUUUCCUUGUAGUCAUUGUGGGAAGAGCUUUAGAUAUAAGUGUCGGCUCACAAAUCACAUGGUGUGUCACACUGGGGAGAAACAGUUUCCUUGUAGUGUUUGUGGCAGGAUGUUUAGAUAUAAGAGUCACCUUCGAUAUCACAUGUUGAUUCACACUGGGGAGAAACUGUUUUCUUGUAGUGUUUGUGGCAAGACGUUUAGAAAUAAGAGUCACCUUCAAUGUCACAUGUUGAGUCACACUGGGGAUAAACAGUUUCCUUGUAGUGUUUGUGGCAGGAUGUUUAGAUAUAAGAGUCACCUUCGAUAUCACAUGUUGAUUCACACUGGGGAGAAACCGUUUUCUUGUAGUGUUUGUGGCAAGACGUUUAGAAAUAAGAGUCACCUUCAAUGUCACAUGUUGAGUCACACUGGGGAUAAACAGUUUUCUUGUAGUGAUUGUGGCAAGAAGUUUAGAUACAAAGGUGACCUUAAAUGUCACAUGUGGUACCACACUGGGGAAAAUCCUUUUUCUUGUAGUGAUUGUGGCAAAAAGUUUAGACGUAAGUGUGACCUUAAAUAUCACAUGUUGAACCACACUGGGGAAAAUCCUUUUCCUUGUAGUGAUUGUGGCAAAAAGUUUAGACGUAAGUGUGACCUUAAAUAUCACAUGUGGAACCACAUUGGGGAAAAUCCUUUUCCUUGUAGUGAUUGUGGCAAAAAGUUUAGACGUAAGUGUGACCUUAAAUAUCACAUGUGGAACCACAUUGGGGAAAAUCCUUUUCCUUGUAGUGAUUGUGGCAAAAAGUUUAGACGUAAGUGUGACCUUAAAUAUCACAUGUGGAACCACAUUGGGGAAAAUCCUUUUCCUUGUAGUAAUUGUGGCAAAAAGUUUAGACGUAAGUAUGAGCUUAAAUAUCACAUGUGGAUUCACACUGGGGAGAAACCGUUUCCUUGUAGUGAUUGUGGCAAACGGUUUAGACGUAAGUCUGAGCUUAAAUAUCACAUGGGGAGAAAACUGGGGAGAAAUUCGUUUUCUUGCAAUGAUUGUAGCAAAAAGUUUAUGUCCAAGAGGCAGCUUAAAAAGCACACCCUACUCCACACUGGGGAGAAACCUUCUGUUUCUAAUAAUUGAGGUGAAGCAUUCAGCUCUUAAGCUGGGCUGACUUAUCACAUGCAAUGCACAUGAAAUGUCCAAAAGCCAACCUGCAUCAUGAUGUUGAAGAUUAAAUGUGUUCUUGGCUGUC